CUGAAGAGAAAAACUGCAGUACGUGUCUGUCAGUGUGUACAUACAGUGAAAUGGCAGGAUCCAGUAUUUCAGUGGAUCAGAAUCAGUUCUGUUGUCCGGCGUGUUUGUAUCUCCUGAAUGAUCCAGUGACCAUUCCCUGUGGACACAGUUACUGUAUGAACUGUAUUACAGACUGCUUUGAUGACGAUCAUAAUACAGGGAUAUACAAAUGCCUACUGUGCAGACAGACCUUCACUACAAGACCUGCUUUAAGUAAGAACAUUAUACUUGCUGACAUGGUGGAAAAACUGAAGACAAGAAGCCAAGCGACUCGCCCUGCAGAUGUGGAGUGUGAUGUUUGUCCAGAAAGAAAUCAGAAAGCCGUCAAGUCCUGUUGGGAGUGUCAGAACUCUUACUGUCAGAAUCACCUUGAACAACAUGAGAUGUUUUACAGGGGUAAGAGACACAACUUGACUGAUGUCAAUGGAAGACUCCAGGAGACGACCCAACCUCAAGAUAAAAACACGCUGGAGAUGUCAGCUUCAGCAGAGCAACAGAAGCAAGUAAAGGAAAUUCAGAUUCAACUGCAGCAGAGAAUCCUGAAGAAAUUGAAAGAAGGUCAUAAACUGAGAGAGGCUGUGAUGUUUUACAAGCGCUAUGCACAGAGAGCAGUGGAGGACUAUGAGCUGAUCUUCACUGAGUUGAUCUCAUCCAUUGAGAGAAGUCGCUCUGAGGUGACACAGCUGAUCAGAGAUCAGGAAAAGGCUGCAGUGAGUCGAGCUGAAGAACUCUUGAAGCGACUGGAGCAGGAGAUUGUUGAUCUGAGCAUAAAAGAAGCUCAGAUGCAGCGGCUUUCACACACUGAUGAUCAUAUUAAUUCCCUGCUGAAUUUACAGUCUCUCUCACUCUCUGGAUCUUCUGACAGCAUCAUUGAUACUUCUUAUCUCUCUUACGAUGAUGUAGUGAAAUCUGUCACUCAAUUCAGAGACAAACUAAAGCUUUUCUGCAGAGAGGAGACAGAAAAGAUAUCUACUAGAGUGAAAAGCAUCCAGGUCAUUUUCACUCCUGAAUAUGAGACCAGGGCAGAGUUCCUACAAUGCUUCCGUCAUUUCACUCUGGAUGCAAAUACACUGAAUGGAAGACUUCGUCUCUCUGAGGGGAACACAGUGGUUGCUGAAACUGGUAUUGACUGGCCAUAUCCUGAUCAUCCAGACAGAUUUGAUUGUUGGAGUCAGGUGUUGUGUAAAGAGUGUGUGAGUGGAUGCUGUUACUGGGAGGUGGAGUGGAGUGGGAAUGAUGGUGUGGAUAUUGCAGUGGCAUAUAAGAGUAUCAGGAGGAAGGGAGCUGGUAAAGAGGUUGAUUUUGGAUUUAAUAGUCAGUCCUGGAGAUUGUUUUGCUCUCCUUCCAGUUACUCAUUUGCACACAAUAACAUUGAAACUGAACUCCCUUUAGUGUCCAGCUCCAGUAGAAUAGGAGUGUAUGUGGAUCACAGUGCAGGAGUUUUGUCCUUCUACAGCGUCUCUGACACAAUGAAUCUCAUCCACAGAGUCCAGACCACAUUCACUCAACCUCUGUAUCCUGGGAUUGGACUAUAUAACCACACAACUGCAAAACUGUGUCAUCCAAAAAUAUGAAUGAUAUAAUGAUCCUGCAGACAUAUCGAAUGCUUAAGCUAAAUGAUGAAUCAGUUAAAUGUUAAAGAGACCAUCAUAUAAUUAAAUAAAUGUCAAUGCUACAGCUGAAGUUCUGUUCAUGUCAGAUAAUAACAAUGAAAUAUUAUAAUCUCAUCAGAUUCAUCAGAUGAUGUAGUUUAAAGGAAUAAUUCACACAUUUUGUCAAAAUUAUGUCACAAUUUAUUCAUAUGACAUUCUGUCUUCCAUUGCAUCUUUUUCCAUGCAAUGAAAGCGAAUGGUGACAGACAUUUUGUGUCCCCAAUAAAUGGGUAUGGAACAACUUGGGAGUGUGUAAAUGAUGGCAGAAUUUCUGUUUUUGGGUGUAUGAUUUAAUGUUAAUCAGUUUAGUCUUUUUGUUCAAAUUUGAUGUAACUAAUUUACUUUUAGCAAUGACUGUCAAACUUCAAUUUCAUUCACAUGCAUUGUAUAUAAAAGUGCAUUCUUUGUAAUGGAGUAUUGCAAAUGUUUCAAACAAAACACUGAAACACAAUCAAUGCAAUGCUUACAUCAUUAAACAAAUCAUUUCAAUUCUUAACAAAUGUGCAUUGGGUUAUGUGCAUUAAAUGAUGUCUGAAAAUACAAUAAUCCAUGACUUGCAUUGCACAAUAAUUCAUAAAUGAA